AGUAGCUAUUGCUAUACUCUUUGGUUAUCCGUGAUGGCCGCUGCUAUACAUCCGGAUACAUCGGAAACUUGAAAAAUAAGUUUUACAUUUUGAUUUGGUUUCAACUACCUAGUGGGAGUAUUAAAGUAUUAUGAAUUUUUUAAAUUGUUAAUAACUGUAAAACCAAUUUUAGUUGCGUAUUUCUGAUCCUUUAUCUCGUAUCCUGUUGACCAACAUGAUUAGAUGAAGGGCGUGAAAACACCUUAAAUAACAUUAUUUUAUAAUCGAAUAUGCCAUGUAGUGAUGUAUGUUAAUUGCGAAUUUCUAAGAAGAACUAAGUGAUAGUGUAUUAGGUUUAGUCGGUAUGCGGCACGACUGCAAAGUCAGCCUGUGUUAUGAAUGAGGAGGCUCUGUUGGCACGGGCUUCCGAGGAGCGGGAGCGUAUCUUUCAGAGAUACGAACGCGGCAGAGAGAAUCUCGUCGGUCAAAUCGACCCGUGGGAAGAUCCAGAGUUCGAGGACUAUCACAAAACUGAUAGAUAUGGUUUCAUCCACGAUGAGCGUUUACCUCGAAAAACGGCGCCUCAAAAGAUUAAUGUUGAAGUCGAAAGGGAGAAGAAAUGGGUUAAGAUGCUGGCAUCCUGGGAUUCUCCUGCUACAAAGGAAAAAUUACAUAGAAGAAUAUAUAAAGGCAUUCCAAAUUCUCUAAGAAUUAAAAUAUGGUGUAAACUUUUAGAUGUUAAUCGAAUAAAAUCAGAUAACCCAGGAAAAUAUCAAGAAAUGUUGAAAUUAGCUAAAAUUUGGUCAACUGAUGUCAGACAAAUAGAUUCAGAUGUAAACAGGCAGUUUCGUGAGCAUCAAUUCUAUCGAGAACGAUACUCUGAAAAACAAUGUUCUCUUUUUAAUGUUCUAUGUGCUUAUAGCAUGUACAAUACUGAAGUUGGUUACUGUCAAGGCAUGUCUGGAUUGGCUGGUGUAUUACUUAUGUAUAUGGAUGAAGAGGAUGCAUUCUGGGCAUUAGCCAUUUUACUGUCAGAAAAAAAAUAUAACAUGCAUGGGCUGUAUAUUGAAGGUUUCCCUAAAUUAACUAGGUUCUUAGAGCACCAUGAUAAGAUACUCACAAAGUUUAUGCCUAAGUUAAAAUUCCAUUUUGAUAAGUAUGGAUUGGAUGCCAUUUUAUACUCUUUAAAGUGGUAUUUUGUUUGUUUUGUUGAACGUGUACCGUUCAGUUUAUGUUUGAGAGUUUGGGAUAUAUUUUUACAUGAUGGCGAACGUGUUAUAACUGCGAUGGCGUAUACAAUUCUUAAGCUUCACAAAAAGGCUAUUAUGAAGUUAAAUGAUAUGGAUCUUAUUGUGAAUUACAUUCAAGUGAAACUGCAUAAAGACUUUGGUUAUGAAGAUGACAUAGUUAUCUACAAUUUAGAGCGAUCCAUGGAAGAAUUGAAGCGGGCGAAAUUGGACUACCCUGGUCUACCACCACCGAAUGAGUUACCUAAAAGGCAACUUGGAGUUUUCAUUGAGCCGGAUAAAAAAUCCAAAAUUGGUCAGCGAGCCGAAAAUUUCUCUGAUACGGAGAAACACGCUAGGGCUACUGUGAUUUUAAGACGUGAAAAAGCAGCUGUAGAGCUGCAGGAGCUCAGGGUGUCUCAAAGCGACACGGUCUCAGAGCACAGCACAGUAGCCGGCGUCCGUUGCGAGGACUCAUUAUCUGUGCUUGGAUCAAGACGCUCUCUAGCGGACACAAGUGUGACCAGCACCGCGGAUUUGAGUGUUUUCUCAAGUGGACGGUCCCACGCGCCAGAGAAUUCAUUAGAUACACAUAGCAACAUUAGCGAUGACGCUACCGGGUCAGAUGGGUCCGGUAUAUGCGGCUUAAGCAUUCAAAGAGCUAUGUCAACGCCAAGGCAGACCGUCCAUUCAACCCCGCGUGGAAGCCCACAUCCAUCUUCAGUUUCACCAACUUCGGAGGACGUUGUUCGUAUUCACGUCACUUAUAGCCCACUAGCCGCCAGCCCAUCGCACUUACGGCCCGUAAGUCCUUCGAAAUACAAGUCAUAUGAUGUACAGAAGCCCACCUCUCUAGGUUUUUAUGCUACGAACGGGUCAACUAAUACUGAAAAUACUAUAAGAAUUCAAGUGCCAUCCGAAGAAUUAUUAACUCCAAUAGUCGAUUCCGGGCGUAUCAUCACGCAAAGAUAUAUUGAAUCUCAUUCGGGAAUCUAUGAUAUUAAAUAAGGCUUUUAUUAUAUACAUAUUGCGUUUAUUUAGUGGCAUAAAAAUAAUAUAAAAGGAUCAAUAUUAUUUAAGAAUGCAAAUUUCGUUCAUUCCAUAUACUGUGACGCGGUAAUGCCAGUAUUGUUUUAAAUAAGUAUUACGUCCAAGUUCUUUAAAAUAGUGUAUUACUAUAUUGGAAAUCUAUAUCCCUAUAAAAAAUUAAUCAGUUUAAGCUACGUUUUAAAUGAAGUAAUUAUCUGUGUUUCAUUACAGUGUAACAAGCGGAUUUAGGUUAGGAAUAAUUUAACGUAAAUCAAAACGUUGAAAGGAAUAUUUAACGAAUUUGUUGCAUACGGUUGCAUCGAAUAAGAUACAUCAUACCGAAUAUACAUGAGCAUUAGGUACCCUUUUCAUACUAAUACAUAUUAAAUUA